AGUUCUUCAUAAUAAAAACACCUAUUAUUAUUAUUAUUAUUGUUAAUGAAUAUUUAUUAGUUAAAAAUACCAAAUAGUGCUUCAGGACGGAUUAAUAUGUAUUUCAUUUGUAUGUAAAUAACAUUAUAUAUUUAGUAAAAAUAAUUGUUUUUAUAGAAAAUCUACCAGAAUUAUGAAGUACCAUUUGGCAUUACUAGCGAGACGUGGUAUGAAAAUUCCUCUAGUUAGGUUUGCGUCCAGUUCGACUCCAAACUUUGAUUGGGAAGAUGCUUUGAACUUGGACAGUAGUCUGACGUCGGAAGAGAAGCAACUAAAAAAUGCAUUUCGAGAUUUCUGUCAAAAAUCAUUAUUGCCCCGAGUACUCGAUUCGAAUCGCAAUGCUGUUUAUGAGAAGGAAGUUUUAAAAGAUUUGGCUGCCAUGGGUGCGCUGGGUUGCACUAUUGGAGCCUAUGGCUGUGCCGAUGUGUCUCAGGUCGGAUACGGACUCAUUGCUAGAGAAGUCGAGCGAGUCGAUAGCGCUUACAGAUCGGCCUUAAGUGUUCAAUCGUCCUUAGUUAUGCACGCGAUCAAUGCGUAUGGUACGAGUGAGCAAAAAGAGCAGUAUCUCCCGCGUUUAGCUACCGCCGAAUUGGUGGGAAGUUUUGGACUUACAGAACCAAACGCUGGUAGUGAUCCGGGAUCAAUGGAGACCAGAGCAAAGUCUAAGCCAGAAUCUAAGUCUUAUGUACUCAACGGCACUAAGACGUGGAUCACAAACGCCCCGGUUGCAGACAUCUUUGUAAUAUGGGCCAAAUGUGACGACAAGCGCAUUAGAGGGUUUAUAGUGGAAAGAAAUAUGCCAGGACUUUCCACCGCCGCGAUACCCGGGAAAAUGUCGCUAAGAGCUUCCAGUACCGGUUCGGUGUUCAUGGACAACUGUGUCGUCCCUGAAAACAAUCUUUUGUCCGGAGUCGAAGGUCUAGCAGGACCUUUUGGCUGUCUAAACCACGCCCGAUACGGAAUCGCGUGGGGUGCUCUCGGUGCUGCCGAAGCGUGUCUAUCGAUUGCCCGAUCGUAUUGUUUGGACCGCAAGCAGUUUGGCAAACCUUUGGCCGGCACGCAACUGGUACAAAAAAAGCUAUGCGACAUGCUUACAGAAAUAUCCAUCGGGCUGACGGCCUGUCUGCAAGUCGGUCGACUGAAAGACAAAGGUCUGGCCACCCCGGAGAUGGUGUCGUUGAUCAAGAGGAACUCGACGGGCAAAGCUUUGGAAAUCGCUAGGCUGGCCAGGGACACGUUGGGUGGCAACGGCAUAUCGGACGAGUACCACGUGAUCAGACAUCUGGUCAACUUGGAAACGGUCAACACUUACGAAGGAACGCACGAUAUUCACGCGCUCAUUUUGGGUAGAGCCAUCACGGGACUACAAGCGUUCAAGUGAUUGCGCCGAGUACAACAAAUUAUGUAAACCAAGAAAAUGAUCGAAUUUGUUUUUUAUCGUACUAUACCGAUUAUUUCCAAACCACAUUUUUGUUAUUGUUUACCUAUUAACAUAUUGUUAUUUUUAAUAUUAUUCUAUGUGUGCAUGUAAAAAUAAAUGUUAUACGAAAA